AUGCCGGGGUUACAGCAGCACCCGGAGGACUGCAUGAAGCUGAACCCGUCCUUCGUGGGCAUCGCCCUCAGCUCCCUGCUCGCCAUCGACCUCUGGGCCUCCAAGCGCCUGGGGGUGUGCGCUGGAGAGGGCUCGGCCUGGGGCAGCGCCCGGCCCCUGAUGAAGGUGAUCGAGGUGUCGGGCCAUGGCAUCCCCUGGCUGCUCGGCACCUUCUACGGGCUCUGCCAGAGUGACAGCUCGGCCGCCAGGGAGGUGCUGCUCAACCUGCUCUUCGCGCUGCUGCUGGACCUGGUGAUGGUGGCGGUGGUGAAGGGGCUCGUCAAGCGGCCGCGGCCCACGCACAACAAGAUGGACAUGUUCGUCACCAUCUCGGUGGACAAGUACUCCUUCCCCUCGGGCCACGCCACCAGGGCCGCUCUCGUCUGCCGCUUCGUCCUGCGCCACCUGGUCCUGGCCGUCCCGCUGCGCGUGCUCGUGGUGCUCUGGGCUCUCAUCGUCAGCAUCUCGCGGGUCAUGCUGGGCAGGCACAACAUGACGGACGUGCUCUUCGGGCUGCUGCUGGGCUACGCGCUGUACGGCGUGGUGGAGCACUGCUGGCUGUCCCCGGCCACCGCGCCCGCCCUCUUCGCGCUCUGGAGCCACUGAGCGACGGCUGGCGUCGGCACAAAGCAUGGGCCGUGUGCUGGUGUUCUGAGCACGCACAGGGAGGGGAUUCUGGAGCUUGAACUGGCAUCCUAAACCCCAUUGUUCUGGCCAAGACUCAUACAUGAGCUGUGCUGCAGGCUCCAGGGCCUGCGCUCAGCUGUCUGGUGCUGUCCUGCCCUCCUGCUGGGCUGUCGGGCACGGUCUGCGCUGACGGUUCUCUGGUGACCAAAGGCGGUCUCUGCAGAGCCUGGGGAGGGCUCAGCACACCCAUCCGGCAGCUCGCUGCUAAUACUGUGAAUCUGCAUGCUCUCGCUGGGCACCUGCACUAGCCCAUGGUGUAUGUGGUAGCUGUGACUGCAGAGGUUUCUCUACAAUCACCCCUGUAUCUGUAUCCUAUAAAUACACUGAUCAUGCUGCUGUCAUAAGUA